GAAAACCCCACAGCAUUGGCAGCUCCGAACGGAUUCAGCUCUCAGGAAUGUACAAUGUUCGAAAAGGGAAAAUACAUUUGCCAGUCAACAGAUGGACAAGACGCCAAGCUAUCCUUUGUGGAACAUGCCUAAUUGUCUCAUCAGUAAAAGAAAGCCAGACUGGAAAGAUGCAUGUCCUCCCUUUAAUCGGUGGAAAAGUGGAAGAAGUGAAAAAGCACCAGCACUGUUUAGCAUUUAGCUCCUCUGGACCUCAAAGCCAGACCUACUACAUUUGUUUUGAUAACUUCACUGAAUAUUUGCGAUGGCUUCGACAAGCAUCAAAGGUUGCAUCACAGCGCAUAAGCUCAGUGGAUCUUUCAUGCUGCAGCCUGGAGCACCUGCCUGCCAACCUGUUUUAUAGCCAAGACCUCACUCAUCUCAAUUUAAAGCAGAACUUCCUGAGGCUAAACCCUAGCCCGUCCACAAGUAGAGCGCUUAGUGAAUUACAAAGAUUCACCAAGUUGAAGAGCCUUAACCUUUCCAAUAAUAACUUAGGAGACUUCCCGCUGGCGGUCUGCAGUAUCCCAACGCUGACUGAACUCAACGUGUCUUGCAACGCCCUCAGAAGCGUUCCAGCAGUCGUAGGAGAGAUGCACAACUUGCAGACAUUUUUACUGGAUGGCAACUUUCUCCAGUCCCUUCCUGCGGAGUUGGAGCAUAUGCAUCAGCUCAGCUACGUGAGUCUGUCCUUCAAUGAGUUCACCGACAUUCCAGGGGUGCUGGAGAAGCUGACUGCCAUGGAUAAGCUCUGUAUGUCAGGAAACUGCAUGGAUACCCUGAACCUACAGGUGUUAAAAAGGAUGCCUCAUAUUAAACAUGUGGAUCUAAGAUUGAAUUCCAUUAGGAGAUUGGAGGCAAACGAAAUAGAUUUUCUGCAUCAUGUGACCCAACUGGAUCUCAGAGACAACAAACUUGGGGAGCUGGACGCAACGGUUUUUAACAAUGUUGAAGUGUUACACUGUGAAAGGAAUCAACUGGUGACCCUCAAAAUCAGUGGAUAUUUUCUCAAAGCGCUGUACGCUUCCUCGAAUGAACUCGUUCACCUUGAUGUGUAUCCAGUUCCUAAUUGCCUGACUUACAUGGAUAUUUCUAGAAAUCACCUGGAAAACCUGCCUGAGUGGGUAUGUGACAGCAGGAAGCUGGAGGUGUUGGAUGUUGGCCACAAUCAGAUACGUGAGCUGCCUGCCCGGUUGUUUUACAAUAGUAGCUUGCGUAAGCUGCUGGCAGGACAUAACAUGUUAGGAAGGCUACCAGAUCGGCUCGAGCGGAUGCAAGUGGAGGUCCUGGACGUGCAACACAACCAGCUUCUUGAACUGCCAUCUAACCUGCUUUUGAAAGCAGACAGCCUGAGAUUUCUUAACGCCUCUGCCAACAAACUGGAAAUGCUUCCUCCGGCCACCCUUUCUGAAGAAACCCACAGCAUCUUGCAGGAGUUGUAUUUGACCAACAACAACCUCACAGAUAAAUGCGUGCCCUUGUUAACAGGCCAUCCACACCUGAAAAUCUUGCACAUGGCUUACAACCGCCUACAGAGCUUCCCCGCGAGCAAAAUGGCCAAGCUGGAAGAGUUGGAGGAAAUUGAUAUUAGUGGGAACAAACUGAAAGCCAUUCCAACGACCAUCAUGAACUGCAGACGUAUGCAUACUGUAAUUGCUCACUCCAACUGCAUCGAAGUCUUCCCAGAAGUCAUGCAGCUUGCUGAAAUAAAGUGCGUGGACCUGAGCUGCAAUGAACUGAGCGAAGUCACGUUGCCUGAAAACCUGCCUCCAAAACUGCAAGAGCUGGACCUGACUGGAAAUCCCAGAUUAGCCUUGGAUCACAAAACCCUGGAGCUGCUGAACAAUAUCCGUUGCUUCAAGAUCGACCAGCCCUCGGCCGGUGAUGCUUCGGGAGCGCCGGCGGUGUGGAGCCACGGUUUCACGGAAGCGUCGGGCGUUAAGAACAAGUACGACCUGGCGUGGGUUUUAUUAGACGAGCGUUCCAGCAGCAGAGUGUGCCUCUAUGCUGACACAAAGAAAUCCUUUUUCCAGUGGAAGUUUUGGGGACGUUUUGGGCCUCACAAAGGCAGAGGCCAUGCCACGGCUCUAUAUUUGUAUACUGGGCCCCUGCCUGGCUCUCCACUUUGGUCUUUGUUAGGGAAGUUGCUAAGAUACAAGAGUAACCGACACAUUUUGUCUAUGCGAGACUCCGGUGCUCGAAAAAGAUCUGAGUGUUUAGAAGCAUUUUCCUCUUUGCAAAGCUUCUUUAUCUUCAACCAAAGGGUGUUUACUAAGCAAAUCAGAGAUACUAAAGGAAGAGGCAGAAUGGCCAAAACUCUGAAUAUUCAUAGUGUGAGGAGCUCCUGUGACUAA